AUGUUUGAGAAGAUUGCUAAUAUAACCAAUGCAAAGAAAGCUUGGGAUACUCUUCAAAAUUCCAUCAUAGGAGUUGAAAAGGUGAAGACUCUAAGGGCUGAGUUUGAGUCUCUAAUGAUGAAGGAGACUGAAUCCAUUUCGGAUUAUUUCACCAAAUUUUUGACGAUAGUGCACCAAAUGAAAAGGCUUGGAGAAAAAUUAGAAGAUGUUUGUGUUGUUGAGAAAAUUCUUCGUUCUCUCAAUUCAAAAUUUUACCAUGUGGUGGUAGCCAUUGAGGAGUCCAAAAAUUUGGAUACGAUGUCAAUUGAUCAGUUGAAUGGUUCUUUACGGGCCCAUGAAGAAAGAAUGGAUAAAGGUAAGCAAGAACGUGUGGAGCAUGUCUUGCAAGCAAAACUUUCGUGGAAUGCUAGAGGAGAAACCAACAAAAGUGGAAGACAAGGACGAGAUCGAGGCCGUGGACGAGGACGAGGACGUGGUUACAGAAGAGGAAGAGAUGAGAAAAAUUAUUCUCAAGAGAAAAGAAAUCAAAAUUUUUCUCGAGAUCUUGGAAGAGGAAGAACAAUUGACAAAAGACACAUUGAAUGCUAUUCAUGUGGAAAGAAUGGACAUUAUUUUUGGGAGUGUCAGACAUCCAAAGAAGAAAAAAAUAAACUUGUUGUGCACAGUGAAGAUGUUGAAAAACCAACAUUAUUCCUUACGCUCAAGGAAGAUCAAAAUUCUGAAGAUAGUACGUGGUAUCUUGACAAUGGAGCUAAAAACCAUAUGACAUGUGAUAGGAGUAAAUCUGUAGCACUCGACACCAACGUAAAAGGACACGUCCGUUUUGGUGAUGAAUCAAAAGUAGAGAUCAAUGGCAAAGGGACGAUUCUAUUCGAGAUGAAGAAUGGAAGUCAUAAGAUUCUUACCAAUGUUUAUUACAUCCCAAAGAUGAAGAAUAAUAUCUUGAGUAUUUGA